ACACCACAUUCAAUACUUACUUUCGUUAACCUAUAAAAUUUUGAUAAUUUAUUUUAUAAAUUUGUAAAAACUUGUUAUAUAUGUAUAAUUUUUAUAUAAGCAUACUUUACGAUUUAUAGAAAUUAUUUUCUUCUUUAAACAAAACGUCAUUAUAAAAUAUAUAAUUAUUAGUAUAUAUCUAUUAAUGUAUCCCAUUUCAACAUUGACAUUUCUCUAUUAUCAAAUGUUCCUAUGUACGUGUAACGUAAAUAAGCGAUGAGCAUGCAUUUUCUAAAUAGUUUUUCUAUUAUUAAAUAUCUCAGAAAACAGUUUUCAGGACAUCUUAUUGCUAAAUUUAGUACUAUGGCACAUCCAUUAGUUGCAGUAUGUCAAAUGACAUCAACAAAUGAUAAAGAAAAAAAUUUACAAACUGUACGAGAACUAGCUGAGCGAGCUAAAUCUAGGACAGCUUGUAUUGCCUUCUUUCCUGAAGCUUGUGAUUAUUUAGCCGAUAAUAAAAAGGAUAUAAUAGCCAUGGCUCAACCUUUGAAUGGAUCAAUAAUAUCAAGCUACAAAGAAAUCGCUAAAGAAAAUAAAAUUUGGUUAUCGUUAGGUGGAUUACAUGAAGCAUUAGAUGACGAUAAAAAUCGUAUAAGUAAUACACAUGUUGUAAUAAACAGUGAAGGAGAAAUAGCCAGUAUUUAUCGUAAAAUCCAUUUAUUUGAUAUGGACAAUAAAACUACUGGCGUGAGAUUGAUGGAAUCAGAUUAUGUCUUAGCAGGGCAAAAGAUUGAACCACCCAUAUCAACACCAGCUGGUAAAUUAGGCCUCUGUAUUUGUUAUGAUAUGCGUUUUCCCGAAUUAUCUCUUUUAUUAAGAAAUAUGGGAGUGGAAAUUCUCACAUAUCCAUCAGCAUUUACAUAUCAAACAGGUGCUGCUCAUUGGGAGAUAUUAUUGCGUGCAAGGGCUAUAGAAACACAAUCUUAUGUUAUAGCUGCAGCUCAAACUGGUACACAUAACAAAAAGAGAGUGAGCUGGGGUCAUGCAAUGAUUAUUGAUCCAUGGGGAACUAUAGUAGCGCAGUGUAGUGAAAAAACUGAUAUGGUUUUAGCAGAAAUUGAUUUAAAUUUAUUAAAACAAAUUCGGCAAAAUAUGCCGUGCGAAAAUCAUCGUCGAACAGAUGUAUAUCCUAAAAUAGAACCCCUGUAAUCUUUAAUUUAAAUGAUGUAUAUAUGCGUAUAUAUCUAUAUAAUUAUAUUAAAUUUUACUUGCUUUUAUUUUUACUUUUUGACAUGAGCAAAUGCUCGUGCUAAGCCCGAUAUUUUAUGUAAAGUAACUAGGGAUUGAAAUAUAAUAAACAUUAUAUUUCCUUAAUAUACAUAUAUAAAACAAACAUUUAUUAUGAUGAAUUUUAUUGUACAUACUGUCUAAUAUAACUUAUAAAUAUUAACUUAUAAAUAUUUGUACCGUAAAGAUGUAAAGUAGGUGAAAAUAUAUUGCUACAAUUGUAGUUGUGAACAAUUUUUGUACAUAUGAAACUGAAAGUAUAACAAACUACUAAGAAAUUGUAAUGCAGAUAUUCUAAUAAAAUGUAAAAUAAUAUUUUGUAGAGUGUUACAAAGAAUGUAAUAAAUUAUAUAUCAUUUAUUAUGACAA